AUGUCAGCACAAUUACAAAGACCUUUGCUUGCUGAAAAGCCCGAUAUUGUUGUUGCCACACCUAGUAAAGCACUUGUUCAUUUAGAAGCCGGCAACAUGGUUCUUGACAAGUCACUCGAAAACCUUGUGAUUGAUGAAGCAGAUUUAGUUUUAUCUUUUGGUUAUGAAGAAGAUGUUCGCAAGAUUUUAAGCUAUUUACCCAAGAUUUAUCAAAGUUUUUUGAUGUCUGCUACAUUUACCAAGGAAAUUGAAGAAUUACAAGCUCUUGUUUUAAGAAAGCCAGCUAUUUUAGCCUUAGAGGACACAAAGGAAGAAACCGACUCACUUACACAAUACGUGGUCAAAUGUACUGAAUUCGAAAAGUUCUUGUUUGCAUUUGUCAUUAUCAAGCUCAAAUUGAUCAAGGGAAAGAUUUUACUGUUUGUCAAUGAUAUUGAUCGUUGCUACAAGUUGAAACUCUUUUUGGAACAAUUUUCUAUCAAGGCCUGUGUGUUAAAUUCUGAAUUACCAUUAAACUCUAGAUAUCAUAUUGUGGAAGAAUUUAACCGUGGUAUCUAUGAUUAUUUAAUUGCUACUGAUGAAUCCGAAUUGAAGGGUGAACAAGAUAGUGAUGAUGAAGCCGAGGACGAUGAUGAGGAAGUUGAGGAAAAGGAGGUCACAGAAGAGGAUAAAAAGGUACAAAAGAAGGAUAAAAAGGUGCAACGUGAUAAAGAAUACGGUGUUUCUCGUGGUGUUGAUUUCCAAGGAGUUGCUGCAGUGAUUAAUUUUGAUUUCCCUACAAGUGCCAAAGCAUAUACACAUCGUAUUGGACGUACAGCCCGUGGUGGGCAACGUGGUAUGAGUUUAUCAUUUGUUGUGACCAAGGAUUUGGUUGAAGAUAAAAAAGAAGUUUCAAGAGGCAAAGGAUACAGCGAUGAAGCUAUUUUUAAGCGAGUUUUGAAACAACAAGAAGAAAAGAACACGGAAUUGAAACCUUACAGUUUCGAAAAGAAGAAUGUUGCUGGAUUCAAGUACAGAGUCGAAGAUGCGUUAAAGGCGGUUAACAAGGUUGCCAUCAAAGAAGCACGUAUCAAGGAAAUUAAGCGUGAAAUUAUGAAUUCCGAAAAGUUAAAGGCACAUUUUGAAGAUAAACCUAAGGAUUUGGAUUUCUUGCGCCAUGAUCAUGCCCUUCAACCUGCUCGUGUUCAAGAACAUUUAAAGCAUAUUCCUUCUUAUUUAAUGCCUCGUAUUGCCGUGCCUACUGCUAUGGCUAACACAGAGCCUAUUGAUGUGCCAUUUAAGAGCGAAAAGCGUAAGCGUGGACCCGCUAAGAAAGGAGGCAAUAAACGCAAGGAUCCUUUGAAGAUUAUCCGCCGCCGCUAG